GACUCCACACCAGCGGAUCUUGACCAAGGGAGUCCAAGAGGGAGGAAUUAGGCCCGGCUAAGCACCUGGGAGCAGCGGUGGAAAAGGGAGAGAAAAUCAAGCAGGAUGUCAAAAAUGAACUGUGGCCUGAACAAGAGAAGAGAUCGAGGCAGUAAAAUACAGAAUAUUUGAUUAACGUAAUCCAGAAUUGUGAAGUUUAUUGCUCGGGAUUAAGAAAGAACUGGGACACAGGCGAUGGGCCUACUUGUCACCGUGAACUGCGGCUUAUCUUUGGAAUUUUGAACCACGUUUAAUUCAAGAAAACUUUACUGAGUUUGCCAAGAACUGCUCUAAAAACAGAAUUCAGCAGUGAACAAACCUGGUACAGUCCACCUUAAAGCUGACAUUCCAGAGGAGACAGAGUGCAGGCACAGAGCCAGCCCUGAGUGGGGAGCGCGCUAAGAGGCGACUUUGUACAGUGUGUGCGUUCGGGGCGGGCUUCGUGGGCACAGAAGUUUGAAACAAGACCUGAAUGAGGUGGGAGGGAGAAUGAGGUGCAAGUGGUGGGAGAAAAGAGGUCCAUGCAAGGGGAACAGCCAGCGCAGAGGCCACGCGGUUCAGGAACAGCAGGAAAGAAGGUCGGGGACACAGGGUCCUGGAAGGCGCUGAGAAGCGACCUCGGGAAGGAGGUAGCAUCCGGGAGCAGAUGAGAUGAGGCGAGGCCUUUGGGUUAGAAUCGCGGAAGUUCCCGGUGACAUUGACAAGGGCGGUUUCUGAGGAGUGUGCAGGGGGAAAGCCUGACUCGAGUGGCCUCCAGAGUGAACUAGGAGAGAGGGCGUGGAAGCGGAUAACACCCGCAGCUCUGCAGUGGGGCUGUGGAGACAGCUGGGGCACAGAGAGCACUGUUGUUUUUUUCUUUGGGGUGGGGGGAAUAAUACUGAAUAAAAUUAUAAACGUAUUAUUUGUUCAAAUAUUAAGAAGGGGGAGGACAGUCGCAGAAAAGGUAAUGGAGUGGAUACAAGGCCGCGCUUGAGGGUGGGGAGACAGGGCCAGAUUCCAGACUCUAAAUUUAGCUCAGCACAGGCCCGGGGCGAACCUGCACUAGGGUAACCUGACACCUUGGCCAGGGCACCAGGCCCUUGCCACGGCGAUGCUGGGUCGGCCUUGGUCAGGAACCGAGAGUGGCGCCCGGCAGGGUUUGUGCGCCCACCUGUCGCGGUCUGUUUCCCGCGGCUGACUGGGUCAGGCUGGGGUGGCCUAGAGAGGCUGAGGGAUGGGGUCCACUGGAAGAGGCGGGGGCCGAUGGAGCGCGCAGAUGGGGGCUCAGGGCGCUGUCCAGCACUAAAACGGCCCUGUGCCUCCCCGCCCGCAGUCAACUUGUGCCUUGCCUCCCAGCUCUCCCGCCCGGCGCGCCCUGGGCUCAAGUCUCUGACUGUCCAGUGGCAGCCCCGCCCUUCCUCUCCCAGUGGGCAUUUGGCGGCCAGCCCGGACGUCGCGCUCCGACCCGCGUCCUGUAAGGUCCAGUGGCCGCCAGGGCGGGACCAGACCUAGGUGAGUGGAGAGCGCACAUGGCAGCAGUGGGGCCGCGGACCAGCCCCGGCACCGGGGCCGAGGCGCUAGCGCUGGCGGCAGAGCUGCAGGGCGAGGCGACGUGCUCUAUUUGCCUAGAGCUCUUUCGCGAGCCGGUGUCAGUUGAGUGCGGCCACAGCUUCUGCCGCGCCUGCAUAGGGCGCUGCUGGGAGCGCCCGGGCGCUGGGGCUCUAGGGGCCGCGACCCGCGGGCAGCCAUUCCCACUGCCCUGCCCGCAGUGCCGCGAGCCCGCGCGCCCCAGUCAGCUGCGGCCCAACCGGCAGCUGGCCGCAGUGGCCACACUGCUGCGGCGCUUUAGCCUGCCCGCGGCCGCCCCGGGGGAGCACGGGUCCCAGACGGCAGCGGCUGCCCGGUGCGGGCAGCAUGGCGAACCGCUCAAGCUCUACUGCCAGGACGACGGACGCGCCAUCUGCGUGGUGUGCGACCGCGCCCGCGAGCACCGCGAACACGCCGUGCUACCGCUGGACGAGGCGGUGCAGGAGGCCAAGGAGCUCUUGGAGUCCAGGCUGAGGGUCUUGAAGAAGGAACUGGAGGACUAUGAGGUGUUCCGGUCCACAGAAGAGAAGGAGAGCAAGGAGCUCCUGAAGCAGAUGGCAGCGGAGCAGGAGAAGGUGGGGGCAGAGUUCCAGGCACUGAGGGCCUUCCUAGUGGAGCAGGAGGGCCGGCUGCUGGGUCGCCUGGAGGAACUGUCCCGGGAAGUGACACAGAAGCAGAAUGAGAACCUGGCCCAGCUCGGGAGUGAGAUCACCCAGCUGUCCAAGCUCAGCAGCCAGAUCCAGGAGACAGCUCAAAAGCCUGAUCUUAACUUUCUCCAGGAAUUCAAAAGCACGCUGAGCAGCCUGUGGGAGGAAAGCGGUGCACAUAGGCCCUUCUCAGAGCCCCUGUCCUGCAGGUGCAGCAAUGUGCCUGGCCCCAAGCCAACCACAGUCUCUUCUGAGAUGAAGAAUAAAGUCUGGAAUGUUUCCCUCAAGACCUUUGUCUUAAAAGGGCUGCUGAAGAAGUUCAAAGAGGACCUUCGGGGAGAGCUGGAGAAAGAGGAGAAAGUGGAGCUCACCUUGGAUCCCGACACGGCCAACCCGCGCCUCAUCCUCUCUCUGGAUCUUAAGAGUGUGCGUCUCGGCGAGCGGGCCCAGGACCUGCCCAACCAUCCCCGCCGCUUCGACACCAACACCCGUGUCCUGGCAUCCUGCGGCUUUUCCUCGGGCCGGCAUCACUGGGAGGUGGAGGUGGGCUCUAAGGACGGCUGGGCUUUCGGCGUGGCCCGGGAGAGCGUGCGCCGAAAGGGCCUCACACCCUUCACCCCCGAGGAGGGCGUCUGGGCCCUGCAGCUCAAUGGCGGCCAGUACUGGGCCGUGACCAGCCCCGAGAGGUCGCCCCUCAGCUGCGGGCACCUGUCGCGUGUGCGGGUGGCCCUGGACCUGGAGGUGGGAGCCGUGUCUUUCUACGCCAUGGAGGACAUGCGCCACCUCUACACCUUCCGUGUCAACUUCCAGGAGCGCGUGUUCCCGCUUUUCUCUGUCUGCUCCACGGGUACCUACUUGCGAAUCUGGCCUUGAGGGGCACUGCUCCGAGCUCCUGUCUCUGAGCUGCUGGUGGGAAGGGAUAUCGCCUCCCCAGAGCUUCCUGGUCCAUCUUGGGUCUGCCCUCCCUGCUCCAGACCCUGGUUGCUAUAGACACAACCCUGAAGCAGGAGACUGAGACUACGGCCAACUGAGCAGGGGAAGAGAGACUGGACUCUUGGGGGUUCCUUUCCUGAGGUCACAUAUGGAUUUGGCCAGAGCCCUCAGGAGGUGGAGGCUGGUGAGGUCAGGAGCCCAGCUCUCCAAAGGGCUUCUGCCCUGACUGGAAAGGCGUCUGACUCCCUAAAAAAAUGUCAAAGCCAGUCCUGCUGUUUCCCAUUGCCAGGGGACAGGUCUGGGCCCGCCUGCCAGGUUUGCUAUCAUGGCUGCUGCCUUCUGGAUAGCUGCCAGCUCUACCUUGAGAGGUUGUGGGACCUCUGGAUCCAGCUGGCCUGACAGGUCAUCUACUCAGGGAGGAGCCCUGUGCUCCCAGCUCAGAGGACAGUCUAGGCCAGAACUGGAAGGAGGUCCUUAGACCGUCUGUGAGAGAGAAGCCCAGGACAACAGCCAAUGGGUAUCACAGCUCUCCAGCACUCUUAGCCAGAAGAUACAGAGUGAUAGGUGGGUCCUGACCAAAGCAACAACCAGCAUGUGCUCUCACAAACACCUGACCCCCCACUUUCCAGUGCCAAAGUAUAAACAUUUCUGGGAUAAGGA